AUGCAAAGACAUCAUCAACAGCUUGUUGAUUCAGAAGUAAAAUCAUCAACAGCAGUGAUGAAGCCUUCUCUUUUAUCGGAGCAUGUUAGAACAUCUUCUUCAACAAGAAAUGAUUAUAUUGAUAAUAUUCAAGCCUGUAUUGAUGUUGGAGAAAAAUUGAAAAGUCUUCUUGGUCCUAAAGCUUUGGAAAAUUUAAUUGUGGAUAGGGAGAGUGGAGAAAUAAUUAUUACUAAUGAUGGUGCAACAGCUAUUGAAUAUAUGAAAUUUAAUAAUCCUCUUGCACAAUUAUUUAUUGAAUUGAGUCAAUCAGUGGAUGAUCAGAUAGGUGAUGGUACUACAUCUGUGGUUGUAUUGGCGUCUUCAAUGUUGGAGCAAUCUUUGAAACUCAUUAGAGAAGGUGUUCAUCCAAUGAAAAUUGUGAAAUACUAUUCGAUUUUUAAUGACAUUAUUGAAAAACAUUUGACUGAAUAUCAAGCAUUAAAAUUAGAAUUGAACAAUGAAUCCAGUAAAUCAUAUAUAACACAGCUGGUCAAGACUACAUUAAAUUCUAAAUUUUCUAGCACUUCGAUUCCAAAUCUAUCCCAUAUUGCUGUGGAUUCAAUGUAUAUAACAAAGGGAGAACGAAGAUUUAUCAAAAUUAUUAAGAGUGGAAAAGCAGAAAACUCUAUAACUUUCAGAGGAUCAAGUACGAAUGAAACAAAAAUUAUAUCUAAUGAAAUAAUUGUAAAUACCAAUUUUAUACACGAGAAUAUGAAGGAAAAUGUAAAUUUAAAGAAUCAAAAAUUAGCACUUGUACUAUUUGAGCUUGAUAAGCCAAAAGCUCACAAGUCAAGGUUGGAUGACAUCAACUCUAUUGAUAAUUCCCAAAUUGAUAGACUUAUCAAAGAGGAAGAAUCAUAUAUUAAGAAAAUAGUUGUUCAACUGAAAAAGCUAGGAGUAGGCUUGAUUUGUGUUCAAGAAAAUCUCUCUGCAGGGUUUCAUGCAGGCGUUUCGGAUACAGCAAAAUUUUGGCUCCAAAAAUCAAAAAUCAAUUGUAUGAUACCCAUCUCAAAAGAUGAAAUGAAUUUAAUUGCAGAUGCAUUUCAGUUACAUGCCAUAUCAUCUAUUGAUCAGCUCAGUAAUUUGGUAGAAAGUGGAACCACAGAAGAAAAAGGUAAAUUUGUUCAAUCAAUAGAAUAUGUGAAGCAUCUUAGUAUUGGAAGACAAUCAUUUAUAUCGUUUGGACAAACCGCAGAACAAUACCAAAAUUAUCCAUGUGCAACUAUUGUACUGAGUGCUCCAACUCAAGUGGCUGUAGAUGAGGUAGAGAGAGCACUACAUGAUGCACUUAGAGUAGUGGAAGUUUGUUUCAAACAUCCUUCACUUGUACCUGGAGGUGGUGCAUGUGAAAUGUCACUCUCGGCCUACAUUCAUUGUAAUUUUCUUAAUAGUACCACAAAUAGUAAUAAGUGCUCUCCCUUAGAAAAACUGAUAAUGGCUAGUUUUUCUAAUGCUAUUGAGGAAGUACCUCACAUACUCAGUCAAGGAUGUCAAAAUCAUGUUCCAUCAGCACUUUUGAAUGAAUUGAGACAUAUUUAUACAGAGUCAAUAUAUCACAACCAACCAAGCCCAAAUGUUGGCAUCUAUCUAAGCAAUCAACAAGAGGAAACCCUUCACCCCAUCCAAGACAUGAAAGAACGGAAAGUUUUCGAAUUACUUCACAGCAAAAUCUCACAAAUGAAAAUGGCUCUGCAAACAGUUCAACGAAUCCUCAAGAUUAGAAAAGUUUUCAUUUCCACUCCUCCAACCACUAAUAAAUAA